AUGUAUACUAGAUGGAUCACCGGCUCUGGUGAGCAAAUUUCAGUAUGGAAUGAUGCUUGGAUUAAAGAAAAACCACUUAAGGAGAUUUACGAGGAGGAUGAAUAUAUGACGCAGAGCAGAAACAUGAAAUUUGCAUAUUUGAUUGUUGAUGAAUGUAUAAGAGAGCAUUAUCAGAAAGUGGCAUGGGCAAGAUAUGUUUGGAAUCCUACAUUUCAUCCAACAACAACAAGCAAUGUAUGGGAGAUAGUGAGGGGCAUAUGUUCAACUGAUGAAAAAAUGAAGAGUAAAGGAUACAAUUUAGCUUCAAAAUGCUAUAUGUGUGGUGCUGAUACUGAUAACCUUGAACAUAUAUUAUGGUAUUGCGAUUUCAGUCAGUUAGUAUGCAAAUGGCUAGGAGGAAUCUUCUUGUUCUGCAAUCCAGAAUCAUAUGAAGAUGUUAUGAAUUUUGCCAAACAUAAGAGUGGAGCUGUAAAAGAUAUCUGGUUACUUGUUGCUUCCAUUACAAUGAUGGAACUAUGGUUCUUAAGGAACAAAAUUUGUUUUGAAGAAGAGAAAGUAGACCUGGGGAAAUUCAAGAGAAGAAUAAUACAGUACACAAAAGACUGUGCAGUGAGAAUAAAGAGCUUCAUCUGGGACUGUAGCUACGAUUACAUGGUUUUUAAGAUUUUUGAUCUGAAACAUCAACCAAUAAAGUCUCAAAGGAUUAUAGAAAUGAGAUUCUUCUUACCUGCAAGAAACCAAAUACUCAUAUGUUGUGAUGGAGCAUCUAGGGGUAAUCCAGGUGCAACGGGAUGUGGUUUUGUUUGCAGAGAUGAUAGGAGAGUUUUUAUAUAUGUUGAAUCUACAUGCCUGGGGAUUGCAACUAAUUACAUUGCAGAAUUAAUGACUAUUACAGGUGCAGUUGAAUGGGCUAUACAGAAUAAUAAGCUUGACAUAUGCAUCAACUCUGAUUCUAAAGCAGCAGUGAAUGCAUAUUCAUCUGGAAGACUGUCUUGGUUUAUGCAGGUAAGAUGGGAGAGAAUAAAGGAGUUCAUAAAUAAUAUCCAAAUUGUACAUAGGUUGAGAGAAGUCAAUUUCACUGCUGAAUCCAUGGCAAAGAAGGGUGCAGGCUUGGUGAGAGGGGGGGGGGGGGGAACUCUGUUUUAA